CGAAUGCACCAUGCUGGUCAUUUCCCUUCCAGCCAAAAUUAGGUGCACCAUCAACUCCCGUCUGCUUUUUUUUUUCCUAUCACCCAAAGCCUUCGUUGCCAGCCCUCAGCUCACCAGGAAGCAGUGUCAACUGACAAGUAAGAACCCCACCCUUGAAGAAGAAAGUGUUAGAGGAGAUGAGAAGUAAUGCAGUCUUUGUCGACUUCAGUUUCUGAUGGGAACAAAGGAGAAUGAGCGGAAAAGGGAGGGACUUAGGGGAAAAUGGGAGAAGCAAAGGAACAACAGCCCCCCUCGGCACCUGAUAUUCCAUUCGAGCUCGUCUCCGAAGAAGAGAUGGCAUUCAUCGAAGCUGCCCUCUCCUCUGCUGCUGCUGCCUUUGCCACUCGAUCAUCAUCAGCCGCCAUCAUCAGAAGCUCUUCCACUUCUUUACCAGUUUCCCAUUCAUCAUUGUCACAGUCGUCGUCAUCGUCGAUGGCCAUAGCUGCAUCUUCUUCUUUGGCAAACCCCGCCAUUGCUUUGCGCAAGAGUAAUGACACAAUUAUUCGUGGUUGCUCUACAAGAAAGAGUGGAAGGGCUGGGCGAAUGAGUCAUGACAUGGAGGAUAUGGUCAUGUCCCAUAAUAAGAGGAUGAAGGUGCCCAAAUCACCCUACUUGCACUACCGCAAGGGAAAGGGCCUUUCAGUCACCGACAUCACAGCUACGGAAUGGUGUGAAAAGCAAAUGGAAUUUAUUCUUGUUCGAGGUAAACCUGAAAAGACAGUUGCAAUGAAAGCAGGAAGUACACGUCAUACAGAACUUGAGGCAGAGGUUGUUAAAAAAGUAGACAUUUGUGUCCAAUCAAAGGAGGACUCUUGGGCUGUGAAGCUUAUGAAUUUUGUUUUUGGAUCGAAACAACUGUUGUCUGAAGGAUUGACACGUGAGCUCCCAGUUAUUGGGCUUGUGGAAGGUGUAUGGAUUGUUGGGGUGAUUGAUGAGGUCCAAAUGCCUGUUACAGACAAUGAGAAAAACCUUUCUUUGAUUGAUACAAAAACUCGCUCUCGUUCUACACUUCCCUCUGAAGCACAAAAGAGAAAUGCAAGGUUACAGCUUAUGUGCUACAAGUGCUUGUGGGACAAUCUAGUUGCUGAUAAAUUCCCAGCAGACCUGUUUUAUGAGUUUUUCAGGCUGCGUCCACAACAUAUUUUGUCUAAAGAUGUCAAGGAGUAUGCUGGUAGUUUGAGGUUUGAUGUAAAGACUUUGGAAUAUCUAGUGAAAUAUUUCAGAAAUAUGUGUUCAGUGCUACCUUCAGCUCACGACCUAUUAUUGCUCAGAUACGAACUCCAAGCAGAUCAUUCAUUGCUUGAGGAAUACCAUUUCUCAUAUGAUGCCCAUUGGUUUGAAAGCCAGAUCCAGUGGUACCUCAAAUAUUGGCUUGGGCAAAGAGAAGCUGGUUAUGUCGGUGAAGAUGAGACAUGGAAGUGUAACUUCUGUUCUUUCUCAGCUGUGUGUCCUCUGAUGCAGCAUCAGACACAAGAACAAAGAAACAAAUGACUGUUUGCCCACGACACUCUUUUCGUGCGUGUGCACGAGGAAGAUUCCACAUGUCUAUUUGGCUGUUUACAACUUUUCCUGCUUACUCUUCAUGAAGUGGAAUGGAAUGGAAAAUCAUCCACCACACCACUUGAAAAUACGGAAUUCAUUUUUAUUUGGAAUUGGAUAUUCGUACUUCCAUGGUUGUAUUUAUUUUUCUUCUUUUGUAGAUUUUCAGAGAGGAGUCAGAUAUGGAAGACUGGGUCAUUCUUCGUA